AUGGUCGUCCGCAUCCGCCUCGCGCGCCGCGGGCACCGGAACAUGCCGUUCUACCGCAUCCACGUCGCGGACGCGCGCGCGCCGAGGGACGGGAAGCACCUCGAGAUCGUCGGGCACUACGAUCCGUUGCCCGAGCUGGACGGGAACAAGCACCUGUCGCUGAAGAUCGAGCGCAUAAAAUACUGGCUGUCCGUGGGCGCGCAGCCGUCGGACACGGUCGCGCGGCUGCUCGGCCAGGCGGGGAUCAUACCGCCGCGGCCG